AUGAAAAUUGACGAAUUGGCGGCUUCACAUUCAGACGAUGAAGACAGUAAGCCGCUCAAACAUCUCCAAAUUGAUUACGAUGAUAAACUCGAGGAAGAGAUCCCGGGAAACCAGUGUGUAAGUGUAUUCGUCGAUUUGAGCACCAGGAGGUCUAGAGCUGCAUCAGCGAAGGAGAUGAAACAGCACCUCGUCAAUAUAAGAACGAUACUACUCAAUACGAACGCGACGCCGAUAAGAUACCACGACGGAACCGCGUAUAUAUGCGCGGUAUGUCCAGAGCAAUACCCGACGGUGCUAGACCUAAAGAACCACGUGCUAGAAGAACACGACAAUGUCGAUAAAGCGACCUUCUUGGAAAAAUCGCGUCUCACCACAUACGUGGCUAAACUGGACAUCACUGACCUCCAAUGCAAUAUAUGCAGACAGAAAAUCGACAGCAAUCUAACUUCACUCCUCCACCACUUAAAGGACGUCCAUCAGAAACCAAUGCACUUGGAUAUACCGAAUCACAUCCUACCGUUUAAAUUUAACGGAAAAGACUUCGACUGUGUCGAGUGCACGAAGACCUAUGAGCAUUUCAAGCUGAUUCAGGAGCACAUGAGCUCGCACUAUCGCAAUUACGUGUGCGACAUAUGCGACGCUCCAUUCGUCAACAAGCGCAACAUGCAGAGUCACAGGAUCAGGCACAAGAAGGGAGAGUUUCCAUGCUCCCAUUGCUCGAAGAUAUUCGAAACGAAGAGAAAGAAGUUGGAUCAUGAGAAGUUUGUUCACGGAGGGGACUGGAAGCGGAACAAGUGUCCGCACUGUCAGGCGAAGUUCACCAAUUAUAAUAACAAGCGUGCGCAUAUGGUGAAGGAGCACGGGGCUGAGCCACCUCUGAUUAAAUGCUUUGUUUGCGACAAAAUAUUUUCUACGAGAGCGGCGUUGUCGUUGCAUAAAAAGGAGAAUACACAUUAG